AUGUCCGCCCCGCGCCCCGGCCACGUCAGCCGCGCUGCGAACGGCGGAGCUCCCGAGUGUGGCAACGGCAGCGUUUGGCUCCCGGGGCCGGCCCGGGGGACCCGCCCCAGCCGCCGGGCCGAGCUGCGGGCGGGAGGCCCCUGCGCCGGGCGUGCGGGGCAGGGUGCGGGCAGCGGGGUGACCCGCCGGCCCCUCGGCCACCGCUCCCCCGACAGCUCCUUCUCCACAAAAAAAUCACAACCCAGAACUGGGCACCGUGGCCCCGGCGGCAGGAACUGGGAUAACGAUGCCCUGUCCCACCUAAACGCCGCCUGCAGCUUCACGCGGGGAACUUGUUCUCCACGCGGACGGCCGGGCCCCGGCGGGGCAGAACGAACCGCCCCGCGUGUCCCGCGGCACAGGGACUACAACUCCCGGCGUGCCCCGCGGCGGCACAGGGACUACAACUCCCAGCGUGCCCCGCGGCGGCACAGGGACUACAGCUCCCGGCGUGCCCCGCGGCGUCAGCCCGCGCCGGCCGGGCGGGAGGCGGCAGCCCUGGCUGAGGGGAGCCCGCCGCGCGGGGCCCGCACCCCUGCCCGCACCCCUGCCCGCAGCCCGCCCCGCCGCCUGCCCGCCCCGCCGCGGCCUCCAUCGAAGAGGACCCCCAGGGGCAGCUGCCGCGGCGGCAUCGCCGGGUUCAAGUCACCGAUCCCAUCCCCAAGGUCCUGCCAGCCUGAUGGCACCCAGGAAGAAGCCCUGCAGUGUGAAAUCAAAGAGCUGAGACAGAAAGACCUUGCUCUGGACCAGGAAAUUGCACAGUUGUUGUCUGAUGGCUACAGCCUGGAAGAAUUGGAGAAGCACAUCUCUCUCCUCCAUGAAUAUAAUGAUAUUAAAGAUGCUGGACAGAUGCUGCUGGGCCAGCUGGCUGUUAUCCGAGGGGUCACUACAAAGCAGCUCUACCCUGAGUAUGAUCUGGAGCUCAGUGACUAGUGCUGAACCUGAAGACUUCCAUGUCCUGCAAAAAUGACUGUUACUGGGCAUUAAUUUUUUGGUGUCAUACUGGUUUAGAACUGGCAUAAGGUGGCCUUAGAAGCAUGUGUGCAGAAUUGCAACAGAGUAUGAGUUAACAGCCUGAUUUCUAAGGAGCUUUGGAACAUGAAAGUUGUUGAAUCUAUUAUCAGUUGUUUCCUGCUUGUGGGAAAGGGAUGUUGGACUUUGGGGAAAUUAAUCUACUACCUGAGCCAACAGUAUGUUUAUUUUUUUAUUGGCAAGGUUGUCAUUCAGUUUGGUGUUGAGACUCAUCCAGUGGGGUCUUUGCUUCUGUGCCACACCCAGGGGCUGGUUGGUACUGAACAGACAGGGAGUGAGGGUUUACAAAUGUGCAAUGCAAGAGCUGCUCUGAAAGGAAAGAAAAGAACCCUCAGAAGUAGGGAGGGAAGAAGGUUGAGGGUUGUGGUUGUUUGGGGGGUUUUUGUUUAUGAUCAAAUCUGGAUCUUUUGCAUUUCUGUACUUAAGUGCUCUGGUAUCUAGAGGUUUUGUAUCAUUUCUGUAGCAAAUGGCAAAAUGUGGAGUUGUGUUGACCUGUCCAAAUAAAGCAACUAUCACAUUUCUCAGCAA